CCAGCUCGCCGCCUAAAGAGAACAAAUACCACUAAGCAUUUUGUUUGGUGUAUUAUCUAUUCUGCCAACAUGCUGCCUUAAUUUUAACGAAAGAUAACGUGAGGUUAUCCUGUACUGAAAAGAUGUCAUUUUGUUCGUUAGUUAUUUCCCCCCCUACUUUUCAGGAGGAAUUCGAAUUACCAAAGCACCGCCGCCAAGCCACUGGCGCCUUCGACUUUAAUUAGCGCCUAACUGUUAAUCUGUUAUAAAACCAUAUUAUCAUAUAAUACUUCUUUGUGUAAUCCCGUAUUUACAGGCCAUAUUCUGUCCAGAUAUAAAUAACUAAACAUCGUCAUCCACCAGUCUUCCCACUGGCUUUCCAUAUCUCGACAUAGAGUGAUUUCCCUUCUAAGCCACAGCACCUGAUCGAUAACCUAAUCGAUAACCUCAAUCUAUUGACCUAUAAACUCAAUUGAUGGUGAAUACCCAACAAAGAAUUAUAUUAUGUUGUAUUACUUGGACAUUCUAAUGUAACCUGUAGUAGAAGACUAUCAUUUCUAUGAGAACAUCUGCUGCCAGUUAUUUAUGGACUCUCUAUAUUCUCUAUAUUCUCUAGCCUACAUCCAUUGACAUUUAUUAAUCUAAAUAUAAAAGUCUUUUUGUUUACAUCAGUGUGAGAAGAUUCAACUAGUCUCUGUGGUAAGUAGAAAAUAUAUCUACAUUACAUAUUUCCUGCACAGCUAAGCAAAGGCUUAAGAUAUUGAAGGCAAGGAACUGAACCACAGCUGAGUAUAUACACACAAACAUUUCUCUGCUUUUAAGAAUUUCAUCAACACUUAAUAUGGAGGGUGUCGAUCCCUUGAACACUUCAAAUAUAACUGUUUUUGCCUGUAAAGAUACAGCUUCGCAAACGUGCAGUGAUGAGGAAAGCUUGUGUGAUGAAAUGUUUACUACUAAACGAAUAUCGUUACACAGGAACACUUGCAAAUAUCGUUGUGGGAUCUGUAGGAAAAUAUUCUCCUCAAAACAAGAAGUCUUUGCACACAGAAAAAUACACAAUAAGGAAAAGUCUUGCUACUGUGAGAUAUGUGGAAAAUCUUUUGGGAACAGAUCGGAUCUUGUUGCCCACAAAAAUAGUCACAAUGAAGAGAAACCCUUCCACUGUGGAAUCUGCGGGAAAGCUUUUUUCUCGAACAGUAAAUUAACACGACAUAAGAUAGUACACAGCGGAGAAAAACCGUUCCAUUGUCAAAUCUGCGGAAAAUCUUUCACGCAAAAUUCAAAUCUUAUCAUUCAUAAACGAAUACAUACAGGGGAAAAUCCAUUUCACUGUGAAACAUGUGGAAAGGCUUUCAUUAAUAAUUCAAGCCUUACGAUCCAUGUUCGUAGCCACACGGGAGAGAAACCAUAUUACUGUGAAACAUGUGGUAAAUCCUUCGUGGAUAACAGCAAUUUGACAAGACACAAACGAAUCCAUACUGGGGAAAAGUUUUUCCACUGUCAAACGUGCGGAAAAUCUUUCAUUGAAAACUCUAAGCUUACGAUCCACAUACGCAGCCACACUAAAGAAAAACCGUAUCAGUGUGAAAUCUGUGGAAGAUCAUUCUCUGUUAACUCCAGUCUUGUUGUCCACAAACGGGUUCACACUGGAUAAGACUAUCUUGUAAAAUAUGUGGAAAGUUUUUCAUCAUCAUCAUCAUCAUCAUCAUCAUCGUUGGUUAAUGUCUGUUUUCAAUAAUGACAUUGGUUGGAGUGUUUGACAGAAGCUGGCUAGGCUCCAAUUGUCUGUUUUGGCAUGGUUUUUACUGAUAGAUGCCCUUCCUUAUGCCAACCACUUUACAGAGUGUGCUGGUUGCUUCUUAUGUGUUACCUGCAUGACUGUAUUGUAAGUGUCACUGGCACAAAUGCAUUUUACGCAGCACCAGCACAAGUGCAUCCUACAUGGCACUGGCAUGAGUAUUUUAUGGCACACCGGCACCUGCUAGUAGCAAGUCAGAAACUGACCAAGACGCCUGAAUCCUGCACGAGUAGAUGUCCAUUAUAUGAAGAAAUUACAGCAAAUGGAAUUUGUUGGAAACACGCUCUUAAUAUCACUAUAUAGGCGCAGGAGUGGCUGUGUGGUAAGUAGCUUGCUAACCAACCACAUGGUUCCGGGUUCAGUCCCACUGUGUGGCAUCU